AUUCUUCAUAUCUAAAUGCAGAGAAAACGUCCUUGUAAGCUCUUUCUCUGAUUUAAAAGCUCACCAUUUAAUACCAAGUUAAGCUCGUAUAAAACGUUGGCUCAUCACCGCCAUGCUUCCACGUCAAUGCACGUAUUGUAAUGACCUUGAGGUCAGCGAAACUUUCGAAUCCCAGCAUCAUCGCGAUCUUGAAUCACUCAAAGCCUGCGCUGACAACUUCCUCCACCCUUGCCCGGUCUGUCAACUUUUAUGGGCGAACAUCCAGGAUCUAUGCCCGCAACCACGCCUGCGGCAUUUCCUAGAAAAUUGGAAAGCCGAUCCCGACCUACGCGGGGCCAAGUUGAUCCUGAUUUCAAGACGGCAGCAACAUCCACCAGAUAUCGACCCAGCAUUGAGGAAGGUUAUUUGGUUCAAUGAUGCGUUUGUAAAUGUGGUUAUAAGAGGUCCAAAUGUCGAUGAAGUCCUUGCGAAUAGCUUCAUUGCGCAUUUGAAUGUUUCGACAACGUCAGAAUCACUAGUCGCGAAGGAAGUACGCGGUAGAACUCUGGAGAAGACUUCAGAGUCUCGAAAGCGUGCCGAAACGAUCAACUUGACCAGAGCAUGGCUUGAUAGAUGCAACGACUUUGACCACCGCUGUUGUGGCAAUGAGCCAAGGGAACUGCCUUCGAGAGUAGUUGACAUCGGAGGAAAGAACCCUACGCUUAUUGAGACGCAGGGAAAGCAAGGUAUCUACGUUGCUCUGUCAUAUUCUUGGGGCGACGCUGGAUCGCGAAUCUUCAAAUUUAAGACAGCUAGUGAGGCCACUUUCAAAAAGGGCAUCGCGCUAUCGAAACUCGCCAGAACUCAUCGACAGGCUAUUCAAGUGGCGCGUGAGCUUGGAUAUCGGUAUAUCUGGAUUGAUGCGCUAUGCAUCAGGCAGGACGACAUGAAGGACUGGGCAGACCAGGCCUUGCUUGUACCAGAGAUAUACAACAACGCGGAUCUCACUAUCGUGGCUGGAAGGAGUAGUGACGCACGGCAUGGAUUCCUCGACAUCGGAUCUUCGCCAACCGUAGGACCAUGCCAAGUUCGGUACCGAUGCGCAGAGGGCAAUGAGGAAGCUAACUGCUGGCUUAAUCUCCCGCGGGAUCGCAGCAUUGGUCCUACGACUGAACGUGCAUGGUGCUACCAAGAAUCACUGAUGGCUAGACGAAUGAUCAUCUACGGAGAGCAGCAACUUCUGUUCCGUUGCCGUGAGCGUGAGGAGUUUGAGGACGGUUCUUGCAACUUUGUCGGGGAGGCAGAUGUUUGGUAUAAUGAACUCUUCCCAGCUCUUAAUGCUUCGAAUCUGCCUCCGGUUGAAGAAGAUCAUAAACCGUGGAACCGCAUUCAGCUAGACUCUCGUCCAGCGAGUUAUUCUAGCCCUUCUUUCGAUAGCACACGGCGAAGUUUGGGACUUGCUGACAGAACGGAUCCAGUCCUUCAACGGUGGUAUUCGAUUACAAUGGAAUACUCUACGAGGAGUUUUUAUAACCCCUCCGACAACCAUGCCGCUCUCUCUGGUGUCGUUCGUCUGUUCAAACAGGUCCUUGUUAGCAGAUUUGGGCGGCGAUCAGAUAGGUAUAUGGCCGGACUAUGGGAGAGUGACAUGAUUUGCGGUUUACUCUGGAGAAGUAGACGCAUUGUUGAUGCUGGCUUACCAGCACUCACAGUUCCUAAGUAUGAGGGUAAAACCAUCAGAAAAGCGCCGUCGUGGUCAUGGAUGGCACUUGUCGGACCUAUCAGUCAAGGAGCUGGCUCGAAAACAGACGAGCUUGCAGGAUUUGCACGGUACGGAACACCAUGUUGCAAACCAGGGAACCUGGAACGAAACAGUUGGUGUCACGACCCAGAGGGAUGGGAGUACAACAUUGUUGAGACCAAGGAGUUCCCAGAUCCGUACGAGCUCCAGGUCUACGGCUACAUGCGCGAGCUACGAGUUUCGCAAUACAAAACCAAGGAUCAUCCUGAUCAUAGCGUGCGUUGCAAGCUGUAUCCCCAGGAUGCCAUGAAUAAGCACACGUUCCUCCUAGAAGCCAGCGAGAGACGACCUCUAGUUAAAGGUCGUGGUGAUCCCAACUUAGAUUGGUCGCUGAUUGCCGCGACAGGACUUUUCGACCAGGAGACCUCGAGCAAUCCUUCAGAAAUGUGGGCACUUCGUCUUACCUCUGAGGAAGGAUUGCUUCUGAGGAGACCUUACCCGGGAAAGAUAAUCUUUGAGAGGCUGGGGAUCUUCUUCGUUGAGAAUCCAAAGGCUUUCUACCCGGACGAGCUGAAUCUCGUUACUGAUCAGGGCCGCUAUUAUAUCCCUGAGGAGAAACUACCAGUUAGCAAAGCGAUAAUACACUAGCGUGUUAGACUUUGCUUUCAGACCUACGGAGGAAGAUUCAUCACCAAUCAAUUUCGUUUUUAGCCUUGUUGUCGAUAGUAGAGAAAAUAGAGUAUGGUCCGUUUGUAGGAAGUCUACACGUCCUUAGUGGUCUGUCCCUGUGCAGGGGUAUUCUCGCGACCCUCUCAUAGCGCCAGGCAGGCUAUGCGCAUCUUAGAACUUAUGGACGAGACAAGAGUAUAACUCUGGCAUAUAGCUAUAGACCCGAAAUUCUGACUCAAAAUCCCAUUCCAGAG